AUGUAUUUCAUUACCCUUCCAAAUAUUCCUUAUGAAGAAAAUAAAAUCCAGGAGCCUGCACGAAGAUGUAAAGUUAUCAUUGUUGGUGCAAAAGAGGUUGGAAAAUCUGCGUUCAUUGAAAGACUAGAAUUUGGACGAUUCAAUGAAGAGAAAUCGAAGGAAAAAUUGUACCGCGUCGUGUCUAAAACAAUCUUUGGACAAACCUUAACAGUGGAACUUGUGGAGAGAGACUUGGAACAGUUCUCCAAUGACACCCACGGCAUGAAACAGCAAGAAAUGCGAGAUGUCGACGCUAUGAUCAUGUUUUAUGCAACAGAUGAUUCUCAAUCCUUCAACUUGAUCAAAGAAAACCUGUUGAGUGUUCAGAGAAAGAUACCCCCGCAUGCAAGCAUAACCAUUGUCGGCUCGAAAGCAGAUGUAAAAGAAAUGACAGUUGACUGGCAUGAUGUCGACACAUUUGCAGAAAGCCAAGGGUUUUCGUGUUUUGAGACAAGUUCUAAAUCUGGUGUAAAUGUGGAGAUAAUUUUACAAGACAUUCUGGAAGCAGUAUUUGAGAAACGAUUUUCAACAGAUGAAGAAGAUGUUCUGAUUGAUCAACCUGUAUAUGCUUCCACAAUCUUGACGAGUCGGACUGAAGAGCAGCCACAGGUGAAUGGCUACUGCUGGAUACCCAGAAUCCCGUUAUUUUCUUACUUCCGUCGAGAAUGA